AUGACGCCGCCCUGCUACACAUUCCCGGCCGCAGAGCUGGCAGAACGGGUCCAACUCGACGUUCAUGGCCGUCAGCGCAAGAUGCUGCCGAGCUCCUCUGCAUCGGCCCAGCGCACAAAUGCCGAUGCUGUCCAUAGUACGUCUGACGGUACGGAUGGAGGCAGCGGUCGCGGCAGCCGACACCAGGGAAUCGACAUCGUCCGUGACUGCACGCUGGUGUCGUCUAUGGAUAGGCACGGGACAUUCACUGUGGAGACCACUGCGUGGGAAGGCACCGAAGCAAGUCGACGCGGUAGCGUGGGCAGCUCGGUGGGAAGCAUAACAACCGAUGCAACCACAGAGGCUACUGCAGGACGUUCGCCAGCGUCAAGCUCUUUUGCCGUGUCGAACGGGGCAGGGCCGCCAAAACGUCCAGAGACACUGAGCGUGUUUGGAUGA